AUGCACUUGCAUCGCGAGCCCCGAAUCGUCCGCAAGGCCCUCCUGUCUCUGGCUCGCCUCGCCGAGACCCGACGUGCCUCGAGCACCGCUGUCGUCGAUGGUCGUCCGAGUUCCGGCGGCAGAGAAUCGGAACAUAUCUCCCUCGACCUCAACCCGCUGGGCUACACCAUUGCCGACUUUCGGCCCAUACCAGGCACCCACCAACACAGAUCCAACCAUGGGUACGAGGCCGAGGCCCAUGUCGCGUCGGUCAGUUCGGCCCGUGGCAUCCAGGCCAUGCAUGACUGGAAGGUCGUGAUGGACGACAAGCCGCUCGCCCAGGCCAUCCGCAAAUCCAUCGUGUAUAUCCUGCAACAAAUCAUUCGCGACAAGUUUGGCGACCGCUCGCGGAUCUUGAGCACGGUGCGCAUGAUGCGGCUCUAUACCCAGGGGCAGACUCUUGGACCCAUCGAGGUUCCCGAGAUCGUUGCCGGCCGCGAGACCGUCCGCAUCAUCAGCGCCGAGAAGGUCCUGGAGCUCAAGCUGAAUGCUACCGUCCAGGAGCUGCGGGUGCUUGCCCGCGAGGUCUCUGAGGACGAGGAGGAGGUCGAGCCCGACCGCAACGCCAUCCUGCUCAUCAACGGCGACCACGCCCGGUACCAAAAGUUCAAGCACGCCGUCGAGGACGCCCUCUUCCGGCACAUCAUCCCGCAGGUCGCCCGGAAGCUGCUCAGCAUCAUCGCUGAGUUUGUCGAUCAGGUCGCGCACGGCUUCCGCGAGGAUCUCGCCCAGUGCCUCGAAACGGUCAUUGACGAGCUGCGGAGCCCCAAGGAGCUGGCCUUCAAGUACCUCUACGAGCACGAAUCUCUGUUCUUCAAGGAGUUGUCCGAGGCCCGGCUGGCCAUCCUGGUCGAGCAGAUCAAGGCCGAGCCCGUCAAGUUUGAGAUCCUGACGACCCGCAAGCUCGACCCCGACCUCGAUCGCCGAGUUGAGCGGGAAGUAUCCAUCAUAGCCCAGCUGCGCUCCCCGUUCGUGAGCCAGCUACUUUGCUACUUUUGCGAUGACCUGAACUAUUACAAGGUUACCGAGCACUGCGAAAUGUCGGUCAGACAGGUCCUGAAGAUGCAGCCGGAUGGGAUCUUUUCGGAAAUGGACGCUCGGUUCUAUGCGGCCGAGAUCCUUGUCGCUCUCGAGUACCUGCACGAUACUAUGGCAAGUGGCUCGGGUGUUGUUCUCGGGAACCUCAGAACUGACACCGUGAUGGUCUACAAGGACGGCCACAUUCGACUGAACAACUUUGACCAGGCAGCGCCAGAAGGCACGGUGCUGCUGCCGCCGUAUCCUGUCCACGGAUAUCUGUCUCCCGAGGCCAUCCUGGAGCAGGUCAUCAAAAAAUCCAUGGACUGGUGGGCGUAUGGCAUCCUCAUCUACGAGAUGGUCUGCGGCGAAGUGCCCUUUGGCCGAUGCGACCACAUGGAAUCCUAUCUCGACCAGAUCCGGCUGCGCUAUCGGUCCCUGCUGCCAAAGUCGUACCUCAAGGUCUACACCAACGACCUCCUGGCUCGGUUGCUUGUUCCAAAGCUCGGCGAGAGGCUGGGCUCCUGGCACGGCGCAACGGAUAUCAAGUGCCAUCCUUGGUUCAACCGUGCCAAGGCCAAGGAUCAGAUCUUGGUCGGAAUCGGGCCAUGGGUCAAGGUUCCGGACUUUAUCCUCAAGCCCCCGUACUCGCCGUACGUCUCCAUGUCGUUGCUGGCAGUGCCCAAGACAGAGAUCUUCAAGGACUACACCUCGAUGUUCUCGCUGGCCAGUGCCGAUAAGAUACAUCGCGACGCAGAGGCAAAGCGGAUGCGAAGGGUCGACUCGAAGCACUGGGAGGAGCCGCAGCGUCUCGCCGUUGCCGAUCGCUUCGCUACGAUCGACGGCUCCAGCGACGAUGACGGCUGA